AUGGUGUGUGAGCCUACCUUUAAGCUGUUGAAGAAAGACGCCCAGACAAAGUGGACUGAAGAAUGUCAGACUACUUUUGAUGCUAUCAAGAACUAUUUGUCAAAUCCACCGAUAUUGGUUCCUCCGCGAGAAGGGAGUCCUUUGUUGCGGUAUUUGUCUGUCUCAGAUAGUGUAUUCGGAUCCGUACUCGGUCCACACGAUGAGACAGGAAAGAAGGAAAAAGUUAUCUAUUACAUAAGCAAGAACUUUACUCCAUAUGAGUCUCGAUACACUCUGGUUGUGGAGAACGUGUUGUGCUUUGACUUGGCUUGCCCAGAAGUUGAGACAUUAUUUGUCUUCGUAUACUACAUAUCUCAUUUCUAUAAUGGAUCCAUUGAAAAGGAAAUAAAGGCACAGGCUUUGGCUGAUCAUCUUGUAGAAAAUCCCGUUGAUGAAAAGUAUGAACCACUUAAGACUUAUUUUCACAAUGAAGAAGUGUCAUUUAAGGGUGGAGAUAUUUCUGAAACAUACCCCGGUCAGAGACAAUUCUUUGAUGGAGCAGAAAAUCAUCAAGGUAAAGUUAUUGGAGCAAAUUUAGUAUCUGUUGAUGCUGUUGAAGUUGCGAAGCUUAUUGAACAGAUACAUGUUGGAGUUUUUGCUUGGGGUAAGGAUGUCAUCGGUUUGAUAGAGCCAGCCGCUUCAAAUGGACACAGAUUCAGUUUGGUUGCAAUUGAUUAUUUCACCAAGUGA